AUGAAUUUCGGGUUCUCUAAGCCCCAGUCCAGCACCGGCGGCGGGUUCGGGUUCGGGGGAGCGACGUCCUCAUCUUCGUUUUCUUUCGCAUCCGCCAGCACAGGGCAGCAAACGUCUACAGGCUUCGGAGCCUUCGGUGCCACUCAGAGCACAGGAGGAGGGUUUGGAGCUCCAAGCACAGGUGGGGGCUUCGGGGGCUUCGGAGCGAGUACAGGAGGAGGUUUUGGGGCACCGAGCACCGGGGGGGGGUUCGGGGGGUUUGGUGCAACGCAGAGCACAGGAGGAGGCUUCGGAGCUCCCAGCACAGGAGGAGGCUUCGGAGCUCCCAGUACAGGAGGAGGCUUCGGGGGAUUCGGAGCGAGUACAGGAGGAGGGUUUGGUGCUCCGAGCACGGGUGGAGGCUUCGGGGGAUUCGGGGCAAAUACGGGUGGAGGCUUCGGGGGAUUCGGGGCAAAUACGGGUGGAGGCUUCGGGGCCCCCAGCACAGGAGGAGGGUUCGGAGGGUUCGGCUCUCCGUCCACAGCUGCUAAACCUGGGUUCGGAUCCUUCGGGUUCGGAGGCACUACAGGUGCCUCUUCGUCUCCUGGAAUGUUCGGCUCUGGGGGAUCGGGCUUCGGCGGGGGCUUCGGGGGUCAGCCAGGGGCUGCCAUGGCCAACCCGCAGCCCCCAAAGAACAUCACAUGGAGGACGCAGUUCAAACACAUGCCGCCUCUUGUUCAAGUAGACCUUAUCUGCUAG